AAAAGUUCCGGGAAGGCCGGUUGUGGCUCCCGUUUCGCCGCGAAGUUGGAGGCCCCGCCAGGGCCCCGGGAAGGCUCACCGUCAUGUCGUCUGCGGACGAAAGGUCUGGUAGACGGGACGGGAGCCCGCGCGCGGCCGCCACGCUCUACAGCCUGUACCACGAGGCCGGCCAGCAGCUGCAGCGCCUUCGGGAUCAGCUGGCCGCGCGCGACGCCCUCAUCGCGAGCCUCCGCACCCGCCUAGCGGCUCUGGAAGGGGACACGGCGCCGUCGCUGGUGGACGCGCUUCUGGAUCAGGUGGAGCGUUUCCGUGAGCAGCUGCGGCGGCGGGAGGAGGGCUCCGUCGAGACCCAGUUGCGUCAGGAAGUUGAAAGACUUACUGAGCGACUAGAAGAAAAAGAGAGGGAGAUGCAGCAGCUGAUGAGCCAGCCUCAGCAUGAGCGGGAGAAGGAGGUCGUCUUGCUUCGGAGAAGUGUGGUAGAGAAGGAACAAGCUAAGGCUGCCAGCGACGUCCUGUGCCGUUCCUUGGCUGAUGAGUCCCACCAACUGCGCAGGACGUUGGCAGCCACUGCCCACAUGUGUCAACAUCUGGCCAAAUGUCUGGACGAACGACAGCGUGCACAGGGAGAUGGUGAGGAGAAAAGCCCUGAUGAGCUGGAUCGUGUAAGCAGGGAUGCUUCUGGCCAGAGUGUUAUUGAGAAGUUACAGGAAGAAAACCGGCUAUUAAAACAGAAGGUGACUCAUGUAGAAGACCUCAAUGCUAAGUGGCAGCGUUACGAUGCUAGUAGGGAUGAAUAUGUGAAGGGGUUACAUGCACAGCUAAAGAAGAGACAAGUUCCUCUUGAGCCUGAGCUGAUGAAGAAGGAGAUUUUCCGGCUUAACAGACAGUUGGAGGAGAAAAUAAACGACUGUGUAGAAGCAAAACAGGAGCUGACAGCUGUGAAGAUGGCCCGGGACACUGCGCUGGAGAGAGUGCAGAUGCUAGAGCAGCAGAUUCUUGCUUACAAGGAUGACUUCAAAUCAGAAAGGGCAGAUCGGGAACGAGCUCAUAAUAGGAUUCAAGAACUGGAGGAAAAGGUCAUGGCCUUAAUGUACCAAGCAUCUCAGAGACAGGACUCCCAGGAGCCAGGACCCUGUCGGAUUCAUACGGGAAGCAAAACUGCCAAGUACUUAGAGAUUGAUGCACUGCAGCAUAUGGCACCUGGAGACUGGAGGCCUGGGUCUAGGUCCCAACAGACGGAACCUUCUGCAGAGGGUGAACACGUCUACACAGCCCAGAGAGCUCAGGGUGACCUUCAGUGCCCUCACUGCCUGAGGUGCUUCAGUGAUGAACAAGGCGAGGCAUUUCUCAGACACUUGUCUGAGUGCUGCCAAUGAGCGAGAGCCAUGAAUGGCCUGUAACCAGCGUAACUGCUCUAAGGGAUUGGUGAGGUGUCCUCAGACAGGAUCCACAGAUGGGCAGGGUCAUUUUAAUUUGGCCAUGGGCCAGAUUGGGUCAGAGGGAACUAUGGACAGAGCAGGAGGUAAGAGAUAAGGUGAGGGGCAACAAAUGGGAAUCAGUCUUGUCUCUCAUGUGGAGUUUGGACCUAGUUGUCAAUUCAAAACUGCAAGCUAUCUGGUGUGGGAGUAUUCUGAGGCCUGCUUGCACCUAAGAGGUGUACUGCUUGCUGGAAGGGGAAGUUGCUAUGGGAGCAGUGUGUCCUCUCUCCAAGGUGGAAGUUCCAUCCCGUUGUGUAGGGAGCUGCCUCAUCCUGAGUGGUCGAUGCUGCACUACAGCUACACAGCACACUAGCGCCUUCCCAGACACAGCAGAAUCACAGAGAAGCACCCAGUACUACCAUCUUGUAAAAACACUUGUAUUUCCAAAAGUGAAUGCACUUUUAUUUCCUAAUCAUUUAUUUUUUAUAAUAAAUGGACUUACUACUGUGUUGCUCUGAGAA